AAGAGCAUAACAAAAUGAAAAAAAAAAUUAUAUUUUCAUAUUUUAACGUGAAUUUUAUCUUCUUUUAUCUUUCAGGUCACAAAAAUGAACAUUUGUGGAGUAAUAAUCCUUAACUCCCUAUCGUUUUCUCUAGGACAAUACAUAAGAAAUAUCAUACACCAUACAAAACUUGGCGACAUCAUGGGAGAACAUGUAUUAAAUGGAACACAAGCAGGGAUUAUGAAAUUUCUAAACAUACCUUACGCAAUGCCCCCAGUUGAUGAACUGCGAUUUGCAAAACCAAAACCGUACGGGGCCUGGAAUGAAACCCGAAAUGGAACAAUUCUGGGACCUGUUUGUAUGCAACUCUUGGAUGAUCCAAACUUCGGCGGGAAAGUGAGCGAAGAUUGUCUGAACUUAAAUAUUUACAUCCCUUAUCCUUUGAAGCAUGCGCACAAAAGAGCAGUCAUGAUAUGGAUCCAUGGAGGCGGCUACAUUUUUGGUUAUGGAAGUUACUAUGACGGAAGUAUGCUUGCUUUAAGUGGUGACGUCAUUGUUGUGACGUUAAACUACAGACUUGGAAUAUUCGGUUUCUACAGUUUAGAUAAAGUUUUUAUCAAAGGGAAUUAUGGACUCUGGGAUCAGAUGUUAGCCAUCCAGUGGGUGAAAGAUAAUAUCGAGGAUUAUGGUGGAAACCCGGAAAAAAUAACUUUGUUCGGAGAAUCAGCCGGAGGUUUCAGCGUGGGACUCUUGUCCCUUAUACCGAAAAAUAAAGGUUUGUUUCAUCGAAUCAUUCUGCAAAGCGGGACGGCUAAUUCUCCUUUAGCCAUUGGAAGUACGAGGCAAUCCUCAGAAAUAAUCACUGACAAAGUCGGAUGUAACAUGAACACAAACCCAGAACUUGUUCUAAAAUGCAUGCGGAACUUACCAGUUGAUUCUAUAAAGCAUGCAGUAUCCGAUUUUGCUAAAGGCUCGCUUAGUUCCAUUCACAGACUCAUAACCAAUGUCUUUACACCGGUAGUGGACGGCGAACUUUUCAAAAUGUCGCCCAACAAAAUGUUUAAAAGCCCAUUAUCAGAGGAAUAUAUGUUUUUCAAAUCUUUGGAUGUAAUGGUUGGCAACUGCGACAUGGAAGGGUCGCUGUACCUAGAAACUUUCGAUGUUCUCACUGCUUACGGAUUAAACAUGACUGAAGGCAUUCCUAGAGAUUUCUUUUGCAACCAUCUCAUUCCAACUGCAGUAACUGAUCAUUUUAAUGGCAAACUUAGCGUAAUGAAUGCGAUGUGCAAGGAGUAUGGGGGAAAUGACAACAUAACUCUUCAAAGUCUUUCCGUAUUACACUGGUACUCAGAUUUAUUUUUCAUUGCGCCCAGUUUGUCAACUCUAUUCACUCAUUCUUCCGGAAACACGACAAACUCGAAAAGAUACCAGUUUAUUCUUACGGAGGGGCUACCAGUUUUCAUGGGAUCUCCUCCACCAUCUUGGUAUAAAGGCUCUGCCCAUACCACCGAUUUAAUGUUUCUGUUUUUCGUAGAAAAUUUAACUUUUGUGGAUCCCAAUUCUAAAUAUAAGACGAAGGAUUCUGAUUUGAAGUUGUCAGCCAUUAUGAGGAAAUAUUGGUCAAACUUUGCUAAAACUGGGGACCCUAACUAUGACAACCUCCCCGAAUGGCCUCCAUUUGAUUCAUCAACUCAGGCUUAUGUGCAGUUAAGUGGUGCUGGCGUUACUUCUAGAAUUAAGUAUAGAAAACAGGAAAUGGAUUUCUGGCUUAAUAUCAUUCCCAAUGUAUCUUUCAGCUCACAAAAAUCUCAGUUUGUUUGCAGAUAUACCAUGUAUAUUUGGUGUAUAUUUAAUUUUUGUUGUCCACUACUCAGUUAAAGCCAAAGAAAACAAGCUUUCGUACUAUAUGUCAUUUUAUUAUACAGAUCAAAUUACGUUACCAUAAAUUAAUUACUAUGAAUACUCGAAUUUCUGUUGAUGUUACAAUAGUCAAAGAGAGUUUUUAAUGUUUUGUUUUUUAAAAGAAAUUUUUUUUAUU